AUGGAAAACCUUACCCGGACGGCUGCUGUUACAAGUGGCGCAGGGACCAUGGAUAACGCUGUGCUUCAUUAUACCCUCUGCAUCAUUUCCAUCUUUGUCUGCAUAUUUGGCUGUGUGAAGAACAUGUACAUUAUCUGGCUGCUUCGCUACCGUAUGGCAAAAACCCCUUUCCGCACCUACAUUGUGAAUUUGGCUGUGGCCGAUUUGGGGACGGUGGCGUUCCUGGCCAUGGCUUUGGUUGUUCAUUCCUCCCACUUUCCCUCCUUUGUUAUCCUGUACGCCGUCUCCCAUACAAUGUGUAUGGCCAGUUUGUGCUUCCUGGUCACCGUCAGCGUGGACAGGUGCAUGUUGGUCCUCUUCCCAUGCUGGUACCGGUACCGUCAGGCCAAUUGCCUCUCCUCCAAGCUGUCCUUCUUGAUUUGGACCCUGGCAGGAUUGCUUUGUAGCAUGGAGGUUUCUUUUUACAUGGUCUAUGGCGUGCCACUGAAUCACACCUUUGGGGCAGUGUUCAUCAUGAACUUCUGGAUCUUGCCUUCACUCCUGGCUAUCUGCACUGCCGUUCUGCUGAUCGGGCUUGGCUGCCGCUAUCGGGAACAUCCUCCCGGGAUUCAAACGUUUGUCGUAAUCUUAAUGCUCGUCUUCUUCCUCGUCUUGGGCAGCCCGUGUAUUGUCAUGAACUCCCUGGAGGCCUACCGUGACUCUCUUUUGGCCUUUGAGUUUUCCCAUGUCUUCUUUUCUGCAAAUAGCAGCAUCAAGCCGAUAUUUUAUGCCCUACUAGGAAAACAAUGGCAGUGUCACUUGGCAGAACCCCGGAUAAUUGAACUCCAGAGGGUUUUCCAGGAUGAAGGAAAUGCAACAGACGGCAGAGUACCGAUGGGGGUCAACCUAACCGCUGAAGAGACUUACAGUGCCCAAGCGGCAUAA